UGUGUGUUCCUGGGUUUGCAAUAAUAUACUAUCCUGCUACAGUUUCCACUGCCCUUUUAUUUUCAAUGUGAUAAAUGAGACUAAAGUAUUCUUGUCAGUUGAUUUUAUAAUCUGAUCCUUGGUCUUUAAUUUCACUGGACUGUCAAGAAUUAUGACACAAAACUAUAUUGAAUUAAAAUGGCAAAAUAUAGUUUUUAUAAAUGAUAGCAUAGUGUCGCUCAAAUACACAAUGAGGGCACAAUGUAGUCCUAUUUUACUCUUUAACUUACUGUCUUAAUUACAAAUGCUGCUAUCACUUUCUCUCAUCUCUCAUGCUGGAAGUUUAGGGUGGGUGUGGUUUCAUGUGACAUUUGCUUUUGUCAGUUUUGUCCACAUUAGGGUUUGGAGUAUUUUAUUGGUUAGAAGUUGUGAGUGUAGGGUGGCCUUUAAAUAUUGCUGUGAAGCAAUGGGGAGGGGCUCCUCUAAACCUCGGGUGAAUGGAGGAAUCCGGCUACUCGUGUGUACCAAAGUUUAUUAUGGGCUUGAAAUAGAGCAGACGAGCGUUAUGUGCUCUGUGAUAACAACAAACCCGCAUGCAUGACAACACGCGGUGAUAUAAAUGCACGCAGAGCGAUGUAAACCUUUGCAUGUGCGUGUUCCUGUGUGCAAGAGAACAGCGCUGUCACGUACUACACGCCCUGUGCCGCGUACUUGAAGCCCCGCCCACCGCGCUCGUGCUUUGUGUGUGUGCGCGAGCGCGCGCGCUGUAUGCGUGGACGGACGCGUGACAUGAAAUCCACUGGAGUAUCUCUGUUCGCGCCCUGAUUGUGUCCCGUGAGCUGUCGCUGUGAGGUGCGAGGCCGGUCGAGGUGAGGAGAGCUGGAGGAGCCGAAGCUGAGACGAAAUUAAAAACAGAUCCACAGAGAACAUGGGUGAGGAGGGACCUCCCAGUCUGGAAUAUAUUCAGGCCAGGGACCUGUUUCCCCAAAAAGAGCUUGUUAAAGAGGAUGACACCCUACAGGUACCGUUUCCUGUGCUGCAGGGUGAGUGGGUGGAGUUCCUGGGUCGUGCCGACGAUGGCAUCAUCAUUGCCAUCUCAAACUACAGACUUCACAUUAAGUUCAAAGACUCCAUCAUCAACAUGUAUCCGGGUGUGGACGAUGAGAUAUCUGUUCCUCUGAGGCUGAUUGAGAGCGUGGAGAGCAGAGAGAUGUUUCAACUUCACAUCAUCUGCAAAGACUUGAAAGUAGUGAGGUGUCAUUUCUCAACAUUUAAGCAGUGUGAGGAGUGGCUGAAGAGAUUGAACAGGGCUAUAGCACAUCCCACCCGUCUGGAGGAUCUGUUCGCGCUGGCGUAUCACGCCUGGUGUUUGGGAGGCAACACAGACGAUGAAGACCAGCACCUGCACCUGUGCCGACCAGGUGAGCAUGUAAGAAACAGGGUGGAGAUGGAGAUAAAGCGGAUGGAUUUUGACAUGCAGAAUGCCUGGAGGGUGUCCGAUAUCAACGCCAACUACAGGUUGUGUUCGAGUUACCCUCAAAAACUACUGGUGCCUGUUUGGAUCACAGAUAAAGAGCUUGAGAGCGUGGGUUCCUUCAGGUCCGGGAAGAGAAUUCCUGUGGUGGUGUACAGGCACCAGCGUAAUGGAGCGGUGAUCGCCCGCUGCAGUCAGCCUGAGAUUAGUUGGUGGGGUUGGAGGAACACUGAGGAUGAAUAUUUAGUGACGUCUAUAGCAAAGGCCUGUCAGCUGGACCCCGGACCACGAGUCUGUAGAACCAGAGGAGACGGAUUAGACUCUGAUAGUGACUUCGACUCUUCUCUGACGGGUUGUCCUGGCUCAGAUGCCAACGCUGCGGCCCAGAAGCUUCUGAUUCUCGACGCCCGGUCUUACACCGCUGCUGUGGCAAACCGGGCCAAGGGCGGAGGCUGUGAAUGUGAAGAGUAUUAUCCGAACUGUGAGGUGAUGUUUAUGGGCAUGGCCAACAUUCACUCCAUCAGAAACAGUUUUCAGUCACUCAAAGCUGUUUGCAGUCAAAUCCCAGACCCUGGAAACUGGCUCUCCGCUUUGGAAAGCACCCGUUGGCUCCAGCACCUGUCCGUCAUGCUGAAAGCAGCCACUCUGGUUUGUUCUGCGGUGGAGAGGGAGGGGCGACCGGUCUUGGUUCACUGUUCUGAUGGUUGGGAUCGAACCCCUCAGAUUGUGGCGCUUGCAAAGGUUCUCCUGGAUCCUUACUAUAGGACCAUAGAGGGUUUUCAGGUGCUGGUGGAGACGGAGUGGCUGGAUUAUGGUCAUAAAUUUGCCGAUCGCUGUGGUCAUCAGGAGAAGGGUGAUGAUGUUAGUGAACAGUGUCCUGUUUUCCUGCAGUGGCUGGAUUGUGUACAUCAGCUAUUGAAGCAGUUUCCCUGCCUGUUUGAAUUCAAUGAAGCCUUUCUGGUGAAGUUGGUUCAGCACACAUACUCGUGUCUAUACGGCACUUUCCUGUGCAAUAACUCAAAAGAGCGUGACGCUCGCAACGUUUAUAAACGCACAUGCUCCGUCUGGUCUCUUCUUCGCACCGGAAACAAAAACUUCCAGAACUUUCUCUACAUCCCCUGCCAUGAUAUGAUCUUGCAGCCGGUGUGUCACACACGAGCUCUGCAGUUAUGGACGGCCGUUUAUCUGCCGACUUCAUCUCCGUGUACGGCGGCUGAAGAUGCCAUGGAGAACUACCUGAGUCCUUCUGCACAGGGCGAAGAUUUCACCUCACGAUCUCUGGACAGAGUCCCCAAGACACGUUCGAUGGACAACUUAGUGUCUGCUUGCGAGAAUGUGACGCUCACCCGCACCUCAAGUGACCCCAAUCUCAACAAACACUGCCAGGAGGGACGCUCGACCCUGGAGUCCAGCCAGCCGAUGUCCAUCCAGUGUGCCGGUUCGUCAGGAGCCCCAGAGGACGUGCCAGUCGCUGGAUUGGUAAAUGAUGACCAGGAGUUGGAAAUCAGUUCUUCGGCAUCUCAUGAGGACAAUGUGAGGGCGGAGCCUUGUCUGACAACCCAGCCCCUGCCUUCUAUGCCCCACCCUUUAUCUUUAGAUCAGCACCCAUCCCUUACUGUUUUAGAUCAACCUUCACUUCCAAUCUCACCCUUACCUCAGGAAGUGCAAGUCAGGCCGGCUGAGGUCACUUCCUGUGCGUCCACUACUCCAGAUCCACCUCCCGUCAGUAAGGGUUUUGCACACCCGGAGGACAACGGUCCGUUUAUAAACUCCGAGUCAUCCACGGUGUUUGAACGUUUACCAGUGGAAAAUUCAGAGGAAACCCUGGAGGACGAAAACUCCGUCGCUCCCGUUUCUAAAGCUUUGUCUGUGGAGUCACAGAGCCGCCUUGCAGCAAAUAUGACCGAGGCUAUGCGAAACGGCGAACUGAUCCCCGUCAAAGAUCGGACUCCGGUGCCGGCCGAAUACGCCAGAGCGGCGCGACGCUUCAUCUCACAAAGCCAGCUGAACGAUCUUUCCCUGCUGGGCUCCCAGUGGGACAGCGUCCAAGGUCUCGUCCAAUCGGCCUGCGGAGGCGCCAUACAGAAUGGGAGCUAUCAAGGACGCCGCUUGGCAAACAAGCUCCUCCGCGCCCACGGCGCAAGCUCCAACGGUGGACCGUGUUGCCGGCGGGACCCUUUGUGCACUCCCGGAAGUCCGGUUCAGUCUGGCUGGUUCUCCUCUGUGAAAAACACAAGCUAUGCCGCGCUCUGUUCGUCCGCCGCCUCUUCGUUGGCAAUGGGACCGUCUUUCCGGCAACUUUGCUCUCCAUCUCCUGGUGGCUCUCCGGGUCUGUUUCAGACGCCCGGGUACGUCGACGACGAUGGUUUGCCGGUGGCCGUGGACGCCGUACAGCAGCGCCUGCGUCAGAUUGAAGCCAGUUAUAAACAAGAAGUGGAGGUUUUGAGACGGCAGGUGAAACAGCUUCAGCUGAAAUUGGAGAGCAAACAGUUCUGCUCGCCGCCCUCAGAGCCAGACGUCGACUACGAAGAUGACAUUACGUGUCUGAGGGAAUCUGACGGCAGCGAUGAAGAAGACUCUCUGUCCAAUCACAGUGAAGAUCGAUUGAGUGAGGCCAGCUGGGAUCGUGUGGAGAGGAAGGACACGGAGGUCACGAGAUGGGUUCCUGAUCACAUGGCUUCACACUGUUUUAACUGUGACUGUGAGUUCUGGAUCGCCAAAAGACGCCAUCAUUGCAGGAACUGUGGUAAUGUGUUUUGUAAAGACUGCUGUCAUCUAAGGCUUCCCAUUCCAGACCAGCAGCUUUACGACCCGGUUCUGGUCUGCAACACCUGUUACGACCUUCUGCUGGCGUCACGUACGCGAGAGCUGUGCUCGCAGCAGCUCAAGAAGCCCAUCGCCACAGCUUCCAGCUGAAACGGCCAAUCAGAGCUCACCCAGCGAGGCCCUCCGCGGGGGCGUCCGUACAGAUGCCCGAUAUUUAGCGGAAGAGUUGCUCUCUGCGUAAAGAGGGACGAGAGGACAGUCAAGAGACUGAUCUAUAUGAGGAAGAGGAUGGAGUCCAGACACACGAGGAAGAGCGUGCUUUGUGAUGAAGAGCGUUUUUAAUCGAAAGCCUCUUUGCUUGAGGACUGCAGGAUGAACCCGUCCACCGGUCGGACCUUUCGGUUCAGAUGCCCGCUGUGGCGUUUCUUCAUCUCAGAAUCAUCCCAUCUGUGUCUCACGAAAGGACAAUCACGUCCCCUCAGAGCCAAUGACUCGAAAGCCCUCUGUGUGUCCAUCAUGAGGCUCACUAUUUAAAUGAAAAAAGCUGCUACAGUAUUUAAAAAUGAAUCGAUUCUACUUUUCUAUUAUCAUUUUGUGCACUAUAUACGAGGGGAUUUCAGACCAAAAUGGAGAAAAUGCAGUCGUUUACUUGCUGUCGUCUGUUGAUACGUGGCUGUACGAAGCUUGAAUGUGUUUUUUUUGGGGGGCGGAGUUACUGAAAAGAUUUAAGCUGCCAGUUUGCAUUGAUUUGAUUGCAAUUUUGUGUCGUCUGUUGUUAUCGUGAAUGGGUUUGAGCGCGCAGAAUCUUGCUGUAGAUUUUUGAUUUUCACGCCUCAGAUCUGCGCUUUAGCUUAAAUGUGAUUUGGGUUUUUUUUCACUUUGUGAUGCAAAAUAGAAAAGAAGUCCUGAAAUGCCAAAAUCAAAUCAAGCUGGAAGAUGACACCAUUCAUUUAUUCAGAUUUCAUGUUUAUCUGGUUGGUUGUACGUGCCAUGUUUUCUGCUGUUCGACUUUAACUGGAAACAACUGAACAUUUAUGCACCAAUAAUGUGUAUGUUGUGUAUGUUAAGAUUAAACUAUAGCCACGUUACACUUCUCCGUCUGUUGGAUAUUUCAGAAACUUAGCCAGAAUUACUUGUGUACUAUUACUAAUUUUAUAUGAAAACCACUUUACAAUAACUAACUGGACGGAUGGAAAGACGUGAAUCAUUGGAAACUGGUGGCCAUUGUAUAUGAGGGUUUCAUUGGUUUGGCAUUACGUUUUCAAUAUAAAUAAGUGCUAUUUUUCCUUACGUUUCCAACCCAGUUCCCUAAAAUAAGUGUAAUGUUAAAUCGAGAACCUCAAAACAGUGCCAUCUUUUUUCUUUUUAAUGUAUUACACUGUUUACCUUAUUUGUAACUACUUAACACGUUCAAUGGUACAAUAGCUAGACGCUUAACAAAGAGAUAAACAUUACUUAGGAAACACUGAUCACUAAAGAACCCAUUCGGUUCUGCGUUACCUGAUUGUUCAUUUUUUUUCUUUUUCAUGGUGUUGAUGAAGAAAACAUUUUGAUUUUCGACUUUAAACGGAAACCCAGAAAUGUGAUGUAUAGUUGGUCUGUAACGGUGGCUAAAAUUUGUCACUUAGUGAAUAAUCGUUGUAAAGAAAUGCACUGUAAAAGUUCAAUCCCAUGAGUGAAAUUAAAAGAUGUAUGUCUUUAUCAAC